UAGUGCGUCUAGAAUUGUGUUUAUUUGAGUAUUUAUACAAAAAGUAUGGACAUGUUUUUAGUUUUAUCUAGAAUAUCGUGUUAAAUAUUCAAUUCAUUUUUUGAAAUUUAAUUGAUGCAAUCUUCCAAUAUUGUAAGAGAAUGCUGUACAUUUCCUAAGCUUCAUCCAAGUGUUUUUUGGACCUAAAAUUUUUACAAGAACCAACAACCAGAGUUCCAAUCCCCGAAGACAACAUUGGACUCAAGGAAUUAGUAACACACUAUCCUAUGAUGUGCUAAGGUAUAUUGUUUACAUUAGUGGUUGACAACACGAUUGAGUGUUUCACGUGAUAUCGACAAUGAACAACCAAGAAGGGGUGGAUUGUGAGGUGGGAGGACAUUUUGUUAAUAAACUAACCGACAGUCCGGGCCCUCAACCCUCUAGUUCGCGAUCCCUCAAGUUCGGCAUGGACAGGAUCCUCUCAGAAGACAUCGCCCCUCCUAGGAGACCAUCUCAGUCUACCAACAAUCACUCAGAGGAGAGGUCAACUACUUCCAUGCCUCCAUGUUCAGAAUGCGUUAGUUCACUGUUACGGUGCUGCCGUCUAGGUGGAGACUCCCAGAACUACCUCAGACCCUUCUACCCCCACCCAGCCACUCUGCUGCAUACUCCUCGCCCCAUCAGGCCUUACACUAACCUGAUUCUGGAGAGUGAAGCACCAGAGAGGAGUCCGCUAGCUGCCAGCAACUCUGGAGGCAAGCGCAAGAGGUCCUGGUCCCGGGCGGUGUUCUCCAAUCUGCAGAGGAAGGGGCUGGAGAAGAGGUUCCAACUGCAGAAGUACAUCACCAAACCUGACAGACGACAACUAGCAGCCACCCUGGGGCUCACUGAUGCUCAGGUCAAAGUGUGGUUUCAGAAUCGCAGAAUGAAGUGGAGACACAGCAAAGAGCUUAAGUUCCAUUCUGGGAACUUCGCUUCUUCCGAGUCCCAAGAAAGUUACACUUCACCUUCUUUUUCGUCCAAUGUGCAUGAGCGAAACAAAUAA